GCCGGCGCGGUGAGCGGUGAGCGGUGAGCGGAGCCGGCGCAUCCCCACUGCCGGGACUCGCCCCCGCCGCCCCGCGCUGGGCGGGGGUCUCAGCGGAGCGGGGGGCGGCGGUGCCCGCGGCGGGCGGCGGGGGCGGGCGGAGGCGGGCGCCCCGCGGGCGGCGGGGCGAGGGAGGAGGAGCGGCGGCCGCCGGAGGAUGGGAGCGAGCGGCGGAGCCGCGGAGCGGCGCGGGGGCAAGGCCGGGAGCGCGGCGGCGGGCGCCGCGGCAUCGCCCGCGUAGGGCGGCGCGGGAGCCGGGCGGCGCCGCGGCCAUGGAGAGGGCGAGCCCGGCGGCGGGCAAGCUGAACGCCGGCGGCCGCGGGGCGGGCGAUGGGCACGGCCCCACCGGCGGUGCCCAGCCGCGGGCGGCGGCGGCGGGCAGCGCCGAGCCGGGCGAGCUCAUCGGACGGGCGCUGGAUUUCAAGAGCGAAGGGGCGCAGUGCUACAAGGACAAGAAAUUCCGGGAGGCCAUCGGCAAGUACCACCGCGCCCUGCUGGAGCUGAAGGCGCUGCUGCUGCUGCUGAGCCAGGAGCCGGCCGGGCAGCGCCCUCCCGCCGCCGCCGCCGCGGCGGGGCUGAGCGAGGAGCAGCGGCAGGCGGUGGAGGCCAUCGAGGUCGAUUGCUACAACAGCCUGGCAGCCUGCCUGCUCCAGGCCGAGCUGGUGAAUUACGAGCGGGUCAAGGAGUACUGCCUCAAAGUGCUGCAGAAGGAAGGUGAGAACUUCAAGGCGCUCUAUCGAUCGGGAGUGGCAUUUUACCACCUGGGUGACUUCAACAAGGCACUCUACUACCUGAAAGAAGCAAGAUCCCGCCAGCCGACAGAUACCAAUGUCAUACGAUACAUCCAGCUGACAGAGAUGAAGCUCAGCAGAUGUUCCCAGAGAGAGAAGGAAACCUUGUGAAAAUGAAGCCACUUCAGCUGAAGUGCCCAAGGGGGAACAUUUCCUUCCUAGAAGCUCAUUUGGUGGAUUUUCCCAUUUGCUCUGCCUCAUCCUCAUCUCCUCAUCCAUCCACUCUCCCUUGCUCUUCAUUGAAUACCAGUUUUGAAAUGAAAGAGACUUGGACGCUGGAUAUGGCUGCUUGCCAGCCAUGGUAAUACCCCUUCCCCGUGGCAAAAGAGCACAACAACUACAGCCAGCCUUGUUCCCAGACAGUGUCACACACCUGGAGUAGGCAAUGCUGGGGGACCUGUCUGGUCCUGAACUGACUGCCUAUUACCUAUUAGGGAAACAACCUCCAGAACAACGACUUCCUGACCAGGCAAGUUGAAGACAGAGGGUUUCUGCUCUGAGUGAUCACUGGAGCUUGGAAGAGCUAAGAAACCAAGAGAGCCACUGGUCAUUCCACAGGGAACAGCAAAUGCCUUUUUACCAUCAGUUCCCUCUGCCUGCUUCUCCAGUGUGUGUUAUUGGUCUUCAGUGAGAGCUCACAUGCUCCCAGUCUAAUGUCAGUGAAAACUGUUUCUAAACAUCCUCUUGAUGAAAGCACAGAGCACCCUAUGAACCCCCUGCAGAGCUGUCCCGGUGCCAGAGGAGAAGGCUGUGGGCCACCACAGAGCGCUGAAUGGACUGUGAAAGCAUGGUGUACAGUGUGAGGGAAAAACUGUGAAAUAAUUCAUUAAAGGCAAAUAAAAAUUAUUCAUAGGCAACAAGUCUGGGCAUUGCUUUUCAAAGGAGCCUCUUCGGUUCCCCAUGUCCAGACAGGCAACAUUAUGUAGGGAGGGGCAGCAUGGGGUGGGGAACAAGAGACAUCUCCAUUCUUACCUUGGCUCUACCAAUGCCCUGCUGUGUGAUCUUGGGCAAGUCACUUUUAGCCUCUUGGUGCCUCGGUUUCCCUAUCUGUACACUAGGGAUAAUAAUACUUCCCUACCUCGCAGGGGUGUUGUGAGGAUGUAUCAGUUAAUGUUUGUAAGUAACAGUACAGUGAUGUACAGUGCUAAGUAUUAUUAGUACAUUGGAUUGAGGUCUUGAUUCUCCCA